AUGCUCAGAGUGUGGGCGCCAAAGCUGCCCGUGUAACAGCUUCAGCGCAAUUAUUCAGUCCGCAUGAGAAUCAUAACAGGCUGCUCAAUGACAACGGACUCGAUGCGCCUACACAUCACCCCUCUAACUCCUGAAUUACUCCAUGCCGUGGUUGGUCCAAAACUACUCGACUCAGUCUCCAACGUAUCCUACCACACCAUCCAGACGUUCCCGGAGAACGACUACGGUUAUCUCGACCUGCCUGCAAUGGAAGCGGAAAAAAUCAAGAAGAAAUACAAUGGCGCCAUUCUGAAAGGCAAGAAAAUCAAGAUUGAGGAGGCCCGGCCCAAAAAGCGUAGGCGUAAUGAAGAGACGACCGAAGAACCCGCCAAGCAGGAGCCCGUCAAGAAAGCAAAGAAAUCCAAGAAGGAGCUCAAUGUCAUUGAGGGAUACGAGCUGCCUGCGGACCGCAAAGUCAAACGUGGUUGGACAGAGGCAAAGCCCUCCAAGGCCAGCAAGAUGAGCAAAGGAAAAACUUCUGUAACCUCGAAAUUCUCGGACAAGGACGAGCUUCUGUUUCGCACGAACCUGCCUCCGAACAAGCAAGACAGCCUGAAGACUGCGAAAAAAGACAAAACCAAGACAAAGACGAAGAAGGGUGAACAAGUGGUACACGAGUUUGAAAAGUCAACAGCACAGCCUUCCUUUCUCAGACAAGACGUUGGACUAGGGAUCAAAGGCAAUCUGGAAUAUGUCGCAGGACAAGGCUGGGUCGAUGCAGCUGGUGAUGUUGUCGAAGCAGAGAGUGAGCGCGUAUUGAGGCAGCGCCAGGUUUUGCAAAGUGCCCCAAACGACAAGCAAAAGGAGAUUGCGCAUGAUGAGACCUCGUCCGAUUCUUCUACUUUGGAGUCGGAUGUUGAAUCAACCAGUGAGAACGACGAAAACGAAGAGCAGCGCAUUAUUCAGGACGAUGAUGAGACUAGCAGUUCGGGCACCUCAUCCGAGGCUGGGUCGGGGGAAGAGUCGAACAUGAGCGCCUCGGGUGAGGAAGUCUCCUCGGCUUCCCUGCAAAACGUCGACGAAGAAGAUAGGCAGAUGCAUCCACUAGAAGCAAUUUUCAAGAAGCCAAGAAAGCCAGCUUCGCAAGACCUUGCAAAACCUUCCUUGGAAGUGUCAACGUCGUUCUCUUUCUUCGAGCCUGAAGACCAGGAUGAUAUUGAGGAAGAGAGCAUUAUUCCCCUAACGCCCUUUAGUUCCCAGGAUAUUCGAGCUCGAGGUCUUCGAAGCGCCGCACCAACCCCGGAUUCAGCAUAUCCAAGCCGCUUCAACAGCUACAGCAGUUCGACGCCUACAAGUGAUGAUGAGGAUGAGCAAGACGAAAAGGCCGCUCCACCCGAACGAAGAAGGGCAAACGAGCGACACGGUGAGACUCCAUCUAGGAAACAGAGCGAGUUCGAAAAGAAAUUCUGGGAGAAUCGAGGCGACAACAACCGCUCGUGGAAGAUGAGAAGGCGCACUGUGUUGAAGGAGAAGCGACAGCGAGAGAACAAGGCACGACGGCCAAAGAACUGGUAG